AUGCGGCUCACGCCCGUUCUUCUCGCCGCGGGCGCAGGCGCCCUCGGCGCAGCCGCCUCGGCCCACCCUCAGCCUCUCGACGUCUCGCCGGCUCACACCGCUCAUUCUCUCGAGGCGCGCUCGCCUCUCUCGCUCUCGAUCGGCGGCAUCAACCUGUGCAUCGGCCUCUUCUGCCACCGUCCUUCCCGUUCCUGGAAAUGCUCUGGUUCCGGCCGCGACGGCUACUCGGUCGACUACAACGGCAAUACCCGCCCGUCAUGGGCACCCGCCAGCUUCCUGUGGUUCGGCGCCGACGUCGGUUGGGCGCCGCCAAAGGGCUUCUCGUGCGGCACGUCGUGGCAGAUCCCGUCCGCCAUGCACGGCAAGCUCGACCUCAUCACGUGGUGGACGCCGCCCUCGUCGUGGCUCGACGCUCACGUCGGCGUCGACCUCGGCUUCAAGGUGCCCUCGUUCUGGGGCUUGAUCCUCGCUCCCUCCAAGGGCUGGACCUGCAGCGGCAACGGCAAGGACGGCUUCUCGGUCGACAUUCACGGCGGCGGCCGUCCCUCGUCGGUCCCGGUCGGCUGGCUCUACUUUGGCUCGUCGAUCGGCUGGGCUCCUCCUGUCGGCUGGUCGUGCUCGUCGUCGUUCGAGUUCCCGAGCGCGUUCCUCGACGUCGCGCACCUUGUCACCUGGUGGAAGCCCUCGUCGGGCUGGCUCGACGCUCACGUCGGCGUCGACCUCGGCUUCAAGGUGCCCUCGUUCUGGGGCCUGAUCCUCGCGCCCUCCAAGGGCUGGACCUGCAGCGGCAACGGCAAGGACGGCUUCUCGGUCGACAUCCACGGCGGCGGCCGUCCCUCGUCGGUCCCGGUCGGCUGGCUCUACUUUGGCUCGUCGAUCGGCUGGGCUCCUCCUGUCGGCUGGUCGUGCUCGUCGUCCUUCGAGCUCCCGAGCGCGUUCAUCGAGAUCAUCCACCUCGUGACCUGGUGGAAGCCGUCGAACGCCUGGAUCGAUGCGCACGCCGGCGUCGGCCUUUCUUUCACCCCGCCUCCCUGGUGGGGCAUCGCCAUCACGCCCUCGAAGAGCUGGCAGUGCAACGGUGGCGGUCGCGACGGCUACCCUGUCGACUCGAACGGUCAAGCUGCGCCCUUGUGGGUGCCGUCGUCGGGCUGGGCCUGGUUCGGCGCAAGCGUCGGCUGGCAGCCUGUUUCCUGCCCCUCGACCUGGGCCAUCCCGAGCCAGUGGCGCAAGACCUGCUCGAAGGCGACCUGGUGGACGCCUCCCUCGAUCUGGAUCACCAAGCACAAGUCGCACGACUUUGGCUUCUCGCUCCCGACCCACUGGGGCGUCGACAAGUGCGGCUGCUCGUGCGGCUGCGGCGCCGGCGACGCCGGCAUUACGACCACCUCGCGUGCCCCAGCCUCGACCUCGAUCGCCCACACGACCACGACCGCUCGCGCGACGACCACCUCGGCCAAGCCUGUCACCUCGUCGGCGUCGACGUCGAAGCCGGCGACCACGUCCAAGAAGCCGGCGACGACCUCGUCGAGCAAGCCCUCCUCGACCACCUCGAAGAAGCUGGCCUCGACCUCGACCUCGCACAAGCCGGCCACCACGACAUCGUCCAAGCCUGCGGCGACCACCACGUCCAAGAAGCCGUCGAUGCCGACGAGCAAGCCUGUCACGACGAGCAAGGCCGGCACGACCAAGACGGUGACCUACAUUGGCGACGCCUCGACUGUCACGAUCCCGGGCGGCAUCGUCACCGUCACGCGCACCGUCUCGAUCUCGCAGCCCGAGCCGACUGGCCGGCCGAGCCAGGGGUGGUCGUGCGACGGGUCCGGCAAGGACGGCUACGAGGUCGACUGGAAGGGCAACGGCCGGCCGGCCGAGUUUCCCGAGGGAUGGUACUGGUUCGGCGUCUCGUCGUGGCAGCCGUCGUCGCUGCAGGUCACCGUCAUCAUCAGCAGCCAGAUCAGCUGGUGGCUGCCGCCGCCGUCGUUCAAGCUUCCCUCAAGCGUCGACUGCCCGACGCACUGGACGUCGCAGGGCUGGAUCGACACGCGCAUCCCGUCGGCCUCGUGGCAGUGCAACGGCUCGGGCGAGGACGGCUACGACUUCGACCACCAGGGCCACGGUCGCCCUUCCGGCGCGACGCUCGGCUGGAAGUGGUACGGUCGCACGCACGGCUGGCAGCCCUGCAAGAGCUUCCAGCUCCCGUCGGCCGACUACUCGCCGCCGAGCUGGUGGGUCGCGCACCGCGCAACCUGGUGGCGCCCUACGUCGAGGUGGAACCUGCGCAGCCAUCGCUCGUUCAAGUGCCCGACCUUCUGGCGCUCGUCGCGCAGCCACUUGCGCGGUUCGUGGAUCUGGUAGAUCCUCCUCCUUCUCUCUCGCAGAGCCUCGUCCCUCCCCACCCUCGUUAGACACUCUCUCUGGACCCGCCUUUGCUGUAGUACUCGCACUCCUCCCCUCCUCGCUCGCGUCGUCAUUCGCGCCGCGCUCGCCUCUCUUUGGCCUCUCCGAGUUCCUCAUGGACAGUUUCGCGGCUCCCGGGCCCUGCAAUUCACUGCAACGUCGAUGCCUGAGCACUC